GAGGUGAAGAACGUCAUCAACGAUUUCUCUGAGACCGCCCGCUCGGCCAGCUUCCGCUUCUUCGGCAACGUGUCCGUCGGAGGCGACGUCUCCAUGGCCACGCUCAGGCGAGCUUACGACGCUGUGGUGUUGUGCACUGGUGCGGAGGGUGAGCGGCUCUUGGGCAUCCCCGGGGAGGACUUGCACGGCGUGGUGGGCGCACCGUCUUUUGUGAAGUGGUACAACGGGCACCCUGACUACGUCGGGCUGGACCCCCCCGCGCCAGGCGAGACGGCCGUGGUGCUGGGCCAGGGGAACGUGGCCCUCGACAUAGCGCGCCUGCUCGCACGCGGCGAGUCUGAGCUCAGCCCCACGGAC